AUGAUCCUUUUCUACUUUCUCUCCUCCAUGCUCAUUGUUAGCUUCCCCACUGAAGCAGCAUACGCCGGCCAUAACUGCUCAACUUUGGCUGGCAAUUCCACCUCCACCUUUAAAUCCAAUCUCAACCAACUCCUCUCAACCCUUUCCUCCAACGCCGACCGCAAUGACACCGUCGGCUUCUACAACGCCACGGUUGGCACUGCCUACGGCCUCUUCCUCUGCCGCCGUGAUGUGUCUGCCCGUGUCUGCAAAGAAUGCGUGGCCAAUGCAACCUCGGAGGCGCAACUACGCUGUCCCGACAACCAACAGGCCGUGGUUUGGUACGACGACUGCAUGCUACGCUACUCAAACCAGCCCUUCUUUUCUGAGGCUGCCACGUCGCCUGAGCUGGUAGGCUGGAGCGAGCGGAAUUUGACCCAGUAUGUGGAGAAUCCAGCUGAGCUUAACGAUGCGCUGGUUACGACUUUGGACAACUUGGUCCCCAAGGCAGCCAACGCCAGCGACAAGUUUGCGACGGAGUUCGAAAUGCACCCCUUCUACCAAGAGGUGACAAGUACCACACCAGAGCAAUCACUCCCUCCUCCACCCACCUUGCCUCCAUCGCUGCCACCUCUGUCGACCAGACCUGGACGAAGCAAAGUCACAUUCAUAAUCAUCGCUAGUACUCUUGGUCCUGUUGCUUUCUGUGUGUUUGUUGUGAUUGUGGCCGGAUGCUUCUUUCCCAAAAGAGUAAGAAGAGUCAGAGAGAAAUACCAAGCCAAAAAACAACAGAAAAAAGUUGGAAAUCAUAUGAAGACUGUUGAGUCCUUGCAAUUUGAUUUGGGAACUAUUGAAACUGCCACAAACAAGUUUUCAGACAACAACAAAUUAGGUGAAGGAGGAUUUGGUGCAGUUUUCAAGGGAACACUUGGUAACGGACAAGAAAUAGCAGUAAAACGGCUAUCAAAAAGCUCCACACAAGGUGUACAAGAAUUCCAGAAUGAGGUUGUAUUGGUAGCCAAACUUCAACAUAGAAAUCUUGUGAGGCUUCUGGGAUUUUGCUUGGAAGGAGAAGAAACCCUACUUGUCUAUGAAUAUGUAUCCAACAAAAGUCUCGAUCACUUUCUAUUUGAACCCACAAAACGAGAGCAGCUGAAUUGGUUGAGACGCUGCAUCAUAAUAGGAGGAAUUGCUCGAGGAGUUUUAUAUCUUCAUGAAGAUUCUAGACUUAGAGUUAUACAUCGUGAUUUGAAAGCUAGCAACAUCUUGUUAGAUGGCGAUAUGAAUCCAAAAAUAUCAGAUUUUGGCAUGGCUAAAAUGGUUGGACUUGAUGGUCAAACUCAAGGAAACACCAAAAGAAUCGUCGGCACUCUUGGUUACAUGGCUCCAGAAUAUGCAAUGGAGGGAUUGUAUUCCAUAAAAUCUGAUGUCUUUAGCUUCGGAAUACUCUUGCUUGAGAUCAUAACAGGAAAAAAGAACUUUUUAGGUUUUGACCAAUGUGUACCUACUCUUCUAGCAUAUGCUUGGCAAUUAUGGAAUGAAGGAAAGGUGUUGGAGUUGAUGGAUCCACUAUUGUUGAAAGAUUCAUGCAGCCCAAAUGAAUUUUUGAGAUACAUCCACAUUGGACUAUUGUGUGUUCAAGAGGAUGCAAACAAUAGGCCAACCAUGUCAUCAGUUGUUCUAAUGCUGAAAACUGAAACUAUUAGUCUUUCCAAACCUGAGCGACCUGCAUUUUUUACUGGAAGGUCUGAAAACCACCACCAUCAGAUUGGUGCUUAUACUUGCAGUAUCAAUGGUUUGACGGUUUCUGAUGAUAUGCCGCGUUGA